AUGGGUUUAGAACCAGAAGAUACACAACCUACAGUUGCAAUGGAUUUAGAACCAGAAGGUACACAUCCUACAGUUGCAAUGGGUUUAGAACCAGAAGAUACACAUCCUACAGUUGCAAUGGAUAUUGAUCAACACUUGGAGAAUAUACAUAACAAAGACAAUGUAGAGGAAUCAGAAAAGAGAAAUACCCCAGAAAGCACGGUUCAAGAACAAAAUACAGUGCAUAGAGAUUCAGAUAUUAACAAAGAUCCAGAAAGUUCCUCAGGCCAAGGCGUCAAACAUCGUAUGUCAGCAGCAGAGUUUAUGAUAAGUGAUGAUGAAGAUGAUCUUAUUGUAGAAAAGUCACUAUAUAACCAUUUAGCCUCUCUGUCUAAAGAAGCUAAUAAAGAAAAGUCUUGUAUACAAAAUAAGUCUGAAGAACAAGUUGAAGAGCAAACUACAUAUGAGCAUCAAAAUCAAAGCGAUAAAGAAGAAAAAAGGAUAGGCAAAAGGAAAAGAUCAUUCAGGGAUGAUGAUGAUGAUGAUGACUAUCGCUCAGUCAAGGAGAGAAGAGAUAGUUGCAUUUCAGAGGAUAAUGUUUCAACCUCAGAAAAGGAAGAAGGCCUUUUUGAACGCACCCUCAGACUUAGAGAUAUUUCUCCAUCGACAGAUUCAUCUCAUAAAAAGCAGAAGACUCAUUAUGCUGAUCUAGAUAAUAGUCGUUCUAAAGAGGAUGAUAGCGAGCAAAGUCGAAAUAACAAACUGUUUAUAAAGAGUAUCAGAGAGCUCAAGCCUAUUGUGUAUAUUCCCAUUUAUGGAAAAAAAAAGAAAACUAGCAUUACAUGA